ACCUCUGUUGUCUUGUUACCAUGGUAGUUCGAAAACGUAUAUGCUCGUCCAACUGACCGACAGGAUAUUUUUCACAACUUUCUGUCUCGGUUUUUGUGUCUGAAAACUGCGAUUUUGGUCUAAAAUGGUGAGCAUGUUUGACUACCUUUUUAUUUUUUGCAAUUCUACAAUAAAUAACGGUAUAGCCUCAUUACUCUCGCAUCUCAACACUUAUCAGUAACUAAGUCAUUGGCCUAUGUUUUAUAUGUACUUUUCUAUAGCCGCCCAAAAAAGGUUCAAGAAGCCUGAAAAAUCAAGAACGCCUAUCUUGAUAGAUGGCCUCACCAAGGAUGAGAUGUCCAAAGAACAGUUGGAGGACCACAUCAUGCGUCUGAGGGAGGAACUUGAUCGAGAGAGGGAGGAGAGGAAUUAUUUUCAGCUUGAAAGGGACAAGGUGCAUUCCUUCUGGGACAUCACCGACAGGAAGCUAAAGGAGGCCAAAGCUGAACUCAGAAACCUGGACAAAGAGUUGGAGGAAACAGAAAUCAAACUUCAAGUAGAAAUUAAGGUUUACAGACAAAAAAUGCGACAUCUUCUCUGUGAACAUCAAAAUACAAUUUGUGAGCUCAACACUGAUGCAGUAACCUCAAAACAGGCACUGCAGGCUGAGCAAACAUUACUAGAGAAUAAACUUAGGAAUGAUUUGGCAUCUCUGCUCAUAGACAUACAUCAUGUGGACACUGAAACACCAAUCAUGGAGCUUAAAAAGAAGUAUGAAGAGAAAAUUGCUCAUAUGAGAGCAAUUUCCAAAAAGAAACUCCAAGAUGCUGAGACCAAAAAUGAAAAGAUGCAUGAUGAGCUGCGACUGGAUUUUGAGAAUCAGAGGAAAACUGAAGUCAGCCAGGUCAGGGACAACUGGAACAAAUUCAUCUCAACUCUGAUGGAGAAAGAUAAAGAUGUAUAUGAAGAAUCAAAAGCUUUACAAAUUGUUGCAGAUGAGUCAAACAACCUGAAUAAAUUUGAAAAGGAGCUGACACAUGUUUUGGAGGAGAAUCAACAAGUGACUGAGAAUCUGACUGAAAUUCAAGAAGAAAUAGCUGUCCUUCAGAAUAAAAUGAAGUAUAGGUCCAAAAAGUUUGACAACAAAAAGGAAAUUGAACUAAAUAAUCUUGCAUCUGAGUAUGAGAUGCUGCAAAAAAGAUUUAAAGAGCUGCAGUUGGAGGUGGCUGAGCUGCGCAAAACAUCUGUGGAGACAAUGGAGAAAAUGAAAAACAAGGCGGAUGCAAAACACAUGCAGAUGGAAAAGAAAAUACAAACGUUGACAGAGAAGAUUCAAAAGGAUUUGCUUCUUUGCUGAUCACAAAACAUCAUCAAAGAUGGGCUGUUUGGCCUCACCCUGUUCAAUAACACUGGAUUUCAAUACUACAGACCAAAUGAAUUUCUUCUCAAAAUAUUACUAUGAGCUAUAUGCAUAUGUCACUAAGGAACCCCUUAAGUUGCCUUUUGAUUUUAGAUGCAUUUUGUCAAGCAAGUUUGUCAAGCUUGUAGACUGUACACCAUAAAUCCAUCCAUUAUCCAUUAUACACUGGCCCCAUACCCUUGUCAUUGGAUAAU